AUGAGUCGUCAAGAUGAAAACGCACAUAUUUUCGAAUUCAAGAAGGAAAAUGCAAAGGAACUUGCACACAUGAUUAAAACAUUGCUAUUCCGAGAGUUUGGUGUCAUUUAUCCUUAUGACAAAGGUCUCAAAAUCACAGUGGACGACGGGCAUUGUCAGCAAGCAAAUGCCUAUCUCGAUUCGUCAAUUUUCACCACAUUCUUCUGCAAGGAGAAUGAUUUGAAGUUAAAGGUUCCGCUGAAAACGAUAGCCGAAUGUCUGAAUAUAUGCGAGGGCACCGUAAACUCGGCGAAAAUGUCGUACGCCGGAUUCUACGACCCGAUGCGUAUUCUCGUCGAGGAGACCGACGGACCGGUGAUUCGAGCAAAAAUCCAUGUGCUCGUACCCGAACAAGAGCUCGAUUUUGAGUUUAGUGAUGACAACGUGACAGCCACCUGCCUAAUGAAAACCCAAUUGUUGAAGGAGAUAUUCAAGGAUUUUGAUGCUUCUAGUCGAACCGUCGUCAUCACUUUUGAUCCAAACAAGCUAGAAUUUUCAACAAAUGGCGACGUUGGAGAGAUGAUUGUCUCGAUUCCGACCAGAUCCCUUCAAAUGGAGAAAAUGGAUUACAGUGGUCCAAUUUCGCAUAGAUAUCGGCUAACUUUGAUACAGAGGAUGAUACCAGUAAUUACAUUGGGAACAAAAGUAAUUUUACGCAUUGACGAUCGCGGUGUACUAUGUGCUCAAUUCACAGUGGAACACGGUGAUAACAAGAACAGUUAUAUAGAAUUUCUAACAGUCCCUGACGACGAAAACUUUACAGAUUGA